CUAUGCACUCAAGAGCGUUUAUCGCGGCCAGUAUAACCGUAAGGAAAGGAAGUUCGUGCACACAAUAACUUUCAUCGCCACGUUCCUUAUAAUAGAAAUCACAUCAGUGGUUAUUGUGAAACCUAGUAAAUAUCGAGUGGUUACCAGAUAAGGCUGACACAUCGAAGGCUCAUAUCUUAUCUCAACGAAGUUAGUCAAGGAGAUAUCUUACUACAUUACGAGAUGGGAAACCAUCACGAUCAUCAUCAUCACCAUCAUCCUCAUGACUGCUGCUGUAUGGAAUGUAGGCCUCCACCACCCCCAGACCAGUGCUGUGGUCCACCACCACCCCCUCCACCCGGGUACGGACCACCUCCACCUCCUGGGUACGGACCACCUCCACCUCCUGGGUACGGACCACCUCCCCCUCCUGGGUACGGACCACCUCCACCUCCUGGGUACGGACCACCUCCACCGCCAGGGUACAGGCCACCUCCGCCAGGGUACGGUCCUCCUCCACCUCCUGGACCUUGGCCACCUCCUCCACCUGGAUAUGGAGGACCCCCACCUCGUAAAUACUGAGGUGCCCAGGAACGUUUUGGAGGAGCACUAAAAAUAUUUGCCGAGAUUUUGCUAUUGAACUUUUACUUGUAAUCAACAUGUUGUAUACGAUUAUAUAAUUAAAUGUUAUUUUUAUGGA